CAUUAGGAGAGCUUGCAGAUUCACGGUUUCUCGUGCUCAGAUGCUCGGCAGCAGACCACGGAGGGAGGGAGUGCAGUGCUGUGUUUGUAACAGUAUUUGCAGAAAGACUAGAGGAGAUGUCAGACCUUACUGGCUAGCAUAAUUGCUACUGAGAGAGCCCGUCUUUACCUUGGUAGGCAACUCCCCACCUCACCCCCUGGUUAAGUUUUAGGUUUAUUUCGAUGCGCUUCGCUUAUUUCAGCACCACCAGGACGGGACAGCUCCCAGGAAGCCUUUAAAGUACUGUAUUCCCCGUCUGCCCGGCCUCGGGGUGGGAUCCAGAAGCUCCCGGCAGAGAUGGAGCCUUCCACCUUUCCCGGUGCUGAACCCUACCCCGAUUUCCCUUACAACAGCACCUUUCAAGACUUCGGGUCGACUUCUCUCACGACGUCCAACGCCACGAGUCAGUCCCCGAUCAAGAACACGACUUCAAUCAUCAUCGCCAUCGCCAUCACUGCCCUGUAUUCAGUCGUCUGCGUGGUGGGGCUUUUGGGGAACAUCCUGGUCAUGUACGGCAUUGUCAGAUACACCAAGAUGAAAACAGCCACCAAUAUCUACAUCUUCAACUUGGCCUUGGCGGAUGCCUUGGCCACUAGCACACUGCCCUUCCAGAGUGCUAAGUACCUGAUGGAGACCUGGCCUUUCGGGGAGCUGCUGUGCAAGGUUGUCCUCUCCAUUGACUACUACAACAUGUUUACGAGCAUCUUCACCCUCACCAUGAUGAGCGUGGACCGGUACAUAGCCGUCUGCCAUCCAGUCAAGGCCCUGGAUUUCCGGACCCCAGCAAAAGCGAAGUUAAUCAAUGUUUGCAUCUGGGUCCUUUCCUCUGUCAUUGGGGUGCCCAUCAUGAUCAUGGCUGUCACCCGAUCUCAAGGUGGCAUCGUGAUGUGUCUCCUGCAGUUUCCUGAACCUCAGAUCUACUGGGACACAGUCACCAAGAUCUGUGUCUUCAUCUUUGCCUUCUUGGUUCCCAUCUUGGUCAUCACCAUAUGCUAUGGGCUCAUGAUUCUCCGCCUGAAGAGUGUCCGCCUCCUCUCAGGCUCCAAGGAGAAGGACCGCAACCUGCGUCGUAUCACACGCAUGGUGCUGGUGGUGGUGGCUGCCUUCAUCAUCUGCUGGACACCCAUCCAGAUCUUUGUCAUUGUUUGGACCCUGGUGGGCAUCGACAAGAAGAACCCCUAUGUGAUGGCCAGCCUCCACUUUUGCAUUGCCCUGGGUUACACCAACAGCAGCCUCAAUCCUGUCCUCUACGCUUUCUUGGAUGAGAACUUCAAGAGGUGCUUCCGAGAAUUCUGCCUCCCCUUCCGGUCACAUAUGGAGCAGAGCAGCUUCAGCCGGGCCCGGAACACCACACGAGAGCGUGUCUCGACUUGCACACCUUCUGAAGUCCUCAAUAAGUCGGCAUGACUAGACAUGGACAGCCACAAGAGGGGCUCCCGUGGACGCAGAGUGGAUGAACUGCAUUCAGAAGUGACCCAGGUCACAACUACAGAAUUUUAGCUGAACCGUAGGAAUGGCCAGAAGGGGGAGAAAGGCCUGAUCACAAACAUUGUGUACUUUUGCAAGUUGUUGCAAACGUUAAGUCCCCCCUACAACCAUGAACAGAGUACCCACAGGAGAGGCAUCAACUGCAAAGUGAUAUUUGGGUGUGAAUUUCUUUGGUUCUGAAGUGAAUUCUUAAGACUGGCAUUGAUUGAAUGUCUUUUACAUGGUUGAUGUUUUCUUAAUCAUCCUGUGUUGGCUUUAAAUAAUUUUGAAAAGUUCACUGCACAUAUCUUUGUUAUGUUGUAGAUGGUUGGGCCUUUGAUUAACACACCAGUGUUCAUUCUGUUGCUUCCUCCAUUCAUUAUUUGCUAGGUAUUUUGUAGGGAUCUACGGUGGCUCUGUAUACUUCCUGGAUUACCAGACUGCACUGUUCAAAAGA